AUGACGACUACGGAAGAAAAUAACACUUUACAAUUUCCUCUUUCAACCAAUGAUUCUCCAAAUGAAAGAGCCAUAUCUACUCCAGCAACUACAACAAGUAACAGUUUUGAGUUGUUUCAGGAUUCCACUGACAGUAACUCAAGAGCGAAAAAUCAAUUGCUUCCUACAGAAAAUUUAAACUAUGACUCUCUUACAAGCCCAACAACGUUAAACGACUUUUUAUUCGGAUUAGAAUCACCAAAGACUUUAGAUAAUAAUUCUACUGAGUUUAUAAAUCCAACUAUUAUUGAUCCUAGUCUUUUUCUGGAUGAUACUGCAAAUUACAAGAGACAUACAUCUUCAUUAAUAGAUAAUUUAUUGACAGACAAUGAAAUUUUCGAUCCAAAUUAUAGAAGAGCUAGUGAAAUAAUAUCAAAUAGCAAUAGAUUACCAACGGCAUCAUCAUAUGCAAGAAACUCAAUUUCCAAUUCAGUGGAUUUUUGGAACUUAAAUGAAAAAGAUAAAUUUACAAUAGAAAAUGAAAAGAUAGAAAAAAGUGCAUUCAAGAUAGAUAAUGAAUUAACAAAAGUUCUUAGUGAAUAUAACAUAGAUUUCACAAAUCCUUUCUCCACUAAUCAAUCCGAUGCCAUAGUACCUCCACAGUCUCCAAGACAGGAAAGAAAUUAUAGCAUUAGAAAAAAUCGUGCCUCUUUGCCUGCACUAGGAAACUCUGAAUUCUUCCAUAAAAACGUCACAUGGGAAAAUGUCAUUCUUUCGGAUGAUGAGGAUUCAAACAAUAACAGCAGUUUAAACUUCCCGACAACUACAAUUUCAAGCUCCACUCAUACCACUAUUCCUUCCACUAAUAGCAAUACAGCGCCAUCCCCAAACCAAAAUUUCAUAAGGCCUUCCAUGCUACUCUCGAGCAAAGCCUCAACAAUGGCUAAGAUUGCCACUACCGGGAUGGAAAACCCAGAUUCAAAUAGUAAUAAUAUGUUCUCUUUGAAAAAAUCAAUACCAAUGUCCUUAUCAAAUAAUACAAAUAUACUGAAGCAACAACCCUUGCAAUCACCACAACAAAUUAAAAAGACAAGGAGAAAAUCUACCAACACGUUUCAAUUAAAUGAGCAUAGAAGGAAAAAAUCCAUUGACCCAAUAGAUGAAAAUGAAAAACCUUUCAAAUGUGACACCUGUUACAAAGCAUUUAGAAGAAGUGAACAUUUAAAGAGACAUAUCAGAUCCGUGCAUUCUACCGAAAGGCCGUUCGCUUGUACUAUUUGUGACAAGAAAUUUAGUAGAAGUGAUAACCUUUCGCAACACUUGAAAACCCAUAAAAAGCACGGCGAGUUAUGA